AAUGGAUGGCUGCCCAGCCUCCCUGGGGUCUCUGGCCUCAUUGCUGGGUGCAAUGGGCCCCAUUCCUAUCCCCUGCCCAUUCUGCAGAGCAGGAGGGGGCCGCCUGGGUCAGCGUGGAGCCCAGAUGGGGGCCCACUUCCUGAGGCCCAGGCAGGCUGAGCCUUGCACUCCACCAGGUGGGAGGUAGGGUGGGACUUCCAGGCUGUCUGGCCCCCACUGUGGCCAGCAGCACAAAAGGCCAGCAGUAUCAGCUGUGAGCCGUGUCUGCCCCCAUGGCCAUCCUGGUUCCUUAUCUGAGCCCAAGGGAGACAGAUGGCAUGCUGAGAGGAGGGUGACUGGGGACUGUUCACAGAGAUGUGACGGUGGGCAGGGUCCUGCAUGGGGAAGUGCAGGACCCAGGAUCCUCCCCACACCCACCCACCACCCCAGGGCCGACAGGGCAGGUGAGGGAGCACUCACCCGUCCGGACAGAAAGGUGUGGAGAGGCCACCUGGCGAGGAGCAGAGACCUUCAGUCCAGGGGUGCAGCCAGUCUGGGGGGCCCUGUGAGCAGGAGGGGGGUGGGGGUGUGGAGGCCCUGAUCCCACUCUCCUCCUCUACUGCCCUCCAGGGCUACCUUGGGCUUAGGGCUGGGGGAGGCGAUGUGGGUCUGAAAGGGCAGAUGGAAGACAAGGCCCAGUGAACCCCUCUGGCUUCCCCCAACCUGCCAGCCCCCGUCUCCGUGAGAAACUCAAGGACCACCAGGUCUCACCAACUGCCUUACCAUGGGUGGGAGAAGUCACCUUGAUCACACUUCCCUCUGGACCCCACAGUCAGCCCCAUUGCUUUUCCUCUUUCCCAGCGUGGGUACCGUAGUUGCUGCCGGGGGGUCCAGCCCUUGUGUCUCUGUGGGGCACCGUUCCCUGCUGACUGCCGUCAGUAUCCAGGGGGCAGAGGGGGUGCUGGGUGGGUCCCGGGGUCCCACACGUGGUCCUCCUGCUCUAUCACGAAGCCCUGUCUCAGCCAGCCCAGGCUGUCAUGGCGUAGUAGAACGAACCACCGACCCCAAGGCCCCAACUACAGAAGCGUGUUCUCUCCCAGUCCCGGAGGUGAAGUCUGAGAUGAAGGUGCGGGCACGGUUGGAUCCUUCCGAGGCCUCUCUCCCGGGCUUGCAGGCGGAGGCCUUCUCCCUGCCUCCUGUGUCCUGCUGCCCUCUCCUAAGGACGCCAGUAGCACCCAUGCUCAGGACCUCAUUUUCAUCACCUCCUUAAAGGCCCUGUCUCCAGAUACAGUUCUGUUCGGAGACACUGGGGGUUAGAACUUCAACAUAAGAAUGUGGGGGGGCUACAGUUAGCUCCUAUAAGCAGGACUCCAUUUCUCCAUGGUGGUUGGGAUCCAUCACCCCAGUAGUAAAGCAGCCUUUUCUCUGCCUGCUGGUUCAGUGGCUGUAGGACCCCUGAUGGUGGAAGGGCCAUCUCAGCUUCCAGCUUACGGGAGGGGGACUGGGUUCCCUGGUGGACGAGGUCCUUCCUUGGAUGCCAAGACCUUCAAGGCCACGGAGCAGAGAUCCUUCAGACGGUGCGGCUGCCUCCCUCUCUCCACCCUGGCCCUGUGUGUUCUGGCUUUUGGCAAAGCAGCCCCACGUGUGGUCUGCCCCUGCGCUGCGAGAGCAUGUGAAUCUGGUCCCUGUUACUUCAUCUGGAGCAGAGGCAGAAACCUCUACAGCAGGUCAGUUGUCAUGAAGGAGCAGUGGGCGCUUGCCAGUGGGAGGGCCUCCUGGAAGAAGUGGCCUGGGCUGGACAUUCAGGCAGGCCUGGCUCCUGCCUGGGGAACCGCAAAAAGGUCCGGACAGGCCAAGAUGACGCCCAGCCCCACGUUGUUGCUGCUGCUGCCCCCGCUGCUGCUGGGGGCCCUCCCGCCGGCCGCCGCCGCCCGAGGUCCCCCGAGGAUGGCGGACACGGUGGUUCCAAGGCAGGUGGCCCGGCUGGGCCGCACCGUGCGGCUGCAGUGCCCCGUGGAGGGCGACCCACCGCCACUGACCAUGUGGACCAAGGAUGGCCGCACAAUCCACGGCGGCUGGAGCCGCUUCCGCGUGCUGCCCCAGGGCCUGAAGGUGAAGGAGGUGGAGCGGGAAGACGCCGGCGCCUACGUGUGCAAGGCUACCAACGGCUUUGGCAGCCUCAGCGUCAACUACACCCUCAUCGUGAUGGAUGACCCUGGUGUGGGAAGGGAGCGUCUGGGGCAGGACGGCUCCUCUGGGGGCCAGGAGGACGCAGCCAGCAAGCAGUGGGCGCGGCCCCGUUUCACACAGCCCUCCAAGAUGAGGCGCCGGGUGAUCGCCCGGCCAGUGGGCAGCUCUGUGCGGCUCAAGUGUGUGGCCAGUGGGCACCCACGGCCCGACAUCACAUGGAUGAAGGACGACCAGGCCUUGACAGGCUUGGAGGCCGGGGAGCACAGGAAGAAGAAGUGGACCCUGAGCCUGAAGAACCUGCGUCCCGAGGACAGUGGCAAGUACACGUGUCGCGUGUCCAACCGCGCAGGCGCCAUCAACGCAACCUACAAGGUGGACGUGAUCCAGCGGACACGCUCCAAGCCCGUCCUCACGGGCACGCACCCCGUGAACACGACCGUGGACUUUGGGGGCACCACGUCCUUCCAGUGCAAAGUGCGCAGUGACGUGAAGCCAGUGAUCCAGUGGCUGAAGCGCGUGGAGUACGGCGCCGAGGGCCGCUACAACUCCACCAUCGACGUGGGCGGCCAGAAGUUCGUGGUGCUGCCCACGGGUGACGUGUGGUCGAGGCCCGACGGCUCCUACCUCAACAAGCUGCUCAUCACCCGCGCGCGGCAGGACGACGCCGGCAUGUACAUCUGCCUGGGGGCCAACACCAUGGGCUACAGCUUCCGCAGCGCUUUCCUCACCGUGCUGCCAGACCCCAAGCCGCCAGGGCCACCCGUGGCCCCCUCGUCCUCGGCCACUAGCUUGCCGUGGCCCGUGGUCAUCGGCAUCCCGGCCGGCGCCGUCUUCAUCCUGGGCACCGUGCUCCUGUGGCUCUGCCAGGCCAAGAAGAAGCCGUGUGCGCCUGGGCCUGCCGCCCCCGUGCCUGCGCACCGCCCGCCCAUGGCCGCCCGCGACCGUGGCGGGGACAAGGACCUCCCCGUGCCAGCCAGCCUCGGCACCGCCCCUGGCCUGGGGCUGUGUGAGGAGCUUGGGCCUCCGGCAGCUCCCCAGCACCUGCUGGGCCCGGGCCCAUCUGCUGGGCCCCGACUUUACCCCAAACUCUACACAGACGUGCACACGCACACGCACACACACACGCACUCGCACACACACUCUCACGUGGAGGGCAAGAUCCACCAGCACCAGCACAUCCACUAUCAGUGCUAGACCGUGCGGCCGCGCGGGGCGCCAGGGGGCACGUGGGGGGCUGGGGGCAGAGGGCCGCGGAGACAGUGGAGCCCAGGCAGGGGCACAGUCAGCCCCCGGGCGCCCUGGAUGACGCACACGCGUGUAUGACAUACCUCUGGACACACACAC